AUGUCUAUUUCUGAAUCUUACGCAAAGGAAAUAAAAACUGCAUUUAGGCAGUUCACUGACUUUCCCAUAGAGGGUGAGCAAUUUGAGGAUUUUUUACCUAUUAUUGGCAACCCCACGCUAUUCCAAAAGUUGGUACACACGUUCAAGACGCAUUUAGAAGAAAAGUUCGGCAAAGAAAAGAUCGACUUUAUUGCAGGUAUAGAAGCUAGAGGCCUUCUAUUUGGGCCAUCCCUAGCACUGGCAUUGGGAGUUGGAUUUGUUCCAAUAAGGAGAGUUGGAAAAUUGCCGGGUGAGUGUGCUUCUAUAACAUUCACAAAAUUAGACCAUGAAGAAAUUUUUGAAAUGCAGGUUGAAGCCAUUCCCUUUGAUUCCAACGUGGUUGUCGUGGAUGAUGUUCUCGCCACCGGUGGAACGGCAUAUGCUGCGGGCGACCUUAUCAGACAAGUGGGUGCUCAUAUUCUGGAAUAUGACUUUGUGCUAGUGUUAGAUAGUCUACAUGGUGAGGAGAAAUUAUCUGCUCCUAUUUUUUCCAUAUUGCACUCCUGA